AUGCUCGAGUCGAUCAGCUGUCAAUAUGAGGACGUUCGUGCACUGCUGUUGGAAAGGGGGGAAGAGGGUCGUCUGAACGACUUGAGCGAAGACACUUUGAAGGCAAUGGUGAUGUUUCUUCAGAGAUUCAAGGAGGCUACUAAGGCACUGGAGGCAUCCAAAACUCCAACCCUUCACCUCACCGCUGUGUGGCUCGAUCGCCUCAAACGCCACCUGCAACCAUCCUCCACUGACAACCUGACAUUCUCCUCUCUAAAGGCAAAAUGUCUCAGAAUUCUGGUUGAAAAGUACGAGAUACACCUCCUGCACAAACUGGCCAUGUUUUUGCACCCAAAGCUGAAAAGUCUGAAGCUGCUUGUGGAGGAACAUUCAAUGGAAACAGUGCACAACGAAGUGCGGCGUCUUGUGAACGACAUAAAAGAGAGGCGUGCAUCGCCCACACAACGUGUUGCCACUGUCAGUUCAGCACCGCCCGAGAAGAGAGCUAGACAAUCGGAGGGAUUAUCCGACGUCGAGGAUUCUUCUUCCAGCGAUGAGUGCACUCAGGAUGAAGUGAGCGCAUACAUCGACUUCAAGUCACCGAGGGAGGAGAAUUUCGAUGUUCUCAGCUGGUGGAAGGAGCAUGCAACCAGCUUCAAGCGCCGCGAGUGA